AUGGAUUACACUACCUGGUAUCCUGAAGCCAUCCCACUGCAGCACACGUCGGCAAAGUUAAUUGCCAAAGAGAUGUUCGCCAUAUUUUGCCAAGUGGGAAUACCCAAGGAGAUCCUCACGGAUCAGAGUACCGCUAAGUUUAAGCCCGCAGCAGCUGAGGUGAAGAUGCCUUCUAUAAAAGACAACAGCAAGAGGCUAAUGAGCUUGUGGAAAUCAGAUCUUGUAAAACAUGAGCGAAUUCAUACAGGAGAGAAGCCAUAUGCAUGUUCUAAAUGUGGGAAAUGUUUUACAAAUAAAUCAAAUCUAAUUAUACAUGAGAGAAGUCACACAGAAGAGAAGCCAUAUUCAUGUUCAGAAUGUGGAAAACACUUUAAAGAUAAAACACAUUUUGCAAAACAUAAGAGAAUUCACACAGGAGAAAAGUCAUAUUCGUGUUCAGAGUGUGGGAAAUGUUUUACAGAUAAAACACAUUUUGCAAAACAUAAAAGAAUUCACACAGGAGAGAAGCCAUAUUCGUGUUCAGAGUGUGGGAAAUGUUUCACCGAAAAAUCAAGUCUAGUUAUACAUUACAGAAUUCACACAGGACAGAAGCCAUAUUCAUGUUCAGAGUGUGAGAAAUGUUUUACAAAUAAAUCUAAUCUAAUUACACAUCAGAGAAUUCACACAGGAGAGAAGCCAUAUUCAUGUGCAGAAUGUGGGAAAUGCUUUACAAGUAAACCAAAUCUUGUUAGACAUGGGAGAAGUCACACAGGAGAGAAGCCAUAUUCAUGUUCAGAUUGUGGCAAAUGUUUUACAAAGAAAUCAUAUCUUGUUUGUCAUGAGAAAAGUCACUCAGGGGUGAAACCAUAUACAUGUUCAGAAUGUGCAAAAUGUUUUACUAAUCAAUCAAGUCUACUUAUACAUCAGAGAAUUCACACAGGAGAGAAUAUGUUUUCAUGUUCAGAAUGUGGGAAAUUCUUUACAAAUAAAUCAUAUCUUAGUAAACAUGAGAGAAUUCACAUAAGAGAGAGGCCAUAUUCUUGUUCAGAGUGUGGAAAAUGCUUUACCGAAAAAUCUAAUCUUGUUAGACAUCAGAGAGUUCACACAGGAGAGAAGCCAUAUUCAUGUUCACAAUGUGGGAAAAGUUUUACAAAUAAAUCCGUUCUUGUUCGACAUGAGAGAAGUCACAUGAGACAGAAGCCAUUUUGAUCUUUUGUAUGAGAACAAUGGGGGCAUUUAUCGUGUGGAAUUUUUACAGUCCAUAUUGUAUUAGCCUGUGUUGCCAUAAUUUGUACCAAAUGUAUUAAAAGUUGUAUGUUC